UAAAGGGUUUAACCAUCAGAGCCGCAGCUCCUCAAAAGGUUACUGACUGUAUAUAAGAGCCAAAUGCUGCCCUGACUGUCACCGACUAUUGGAAAAACUGUCUGCAAAUGGAUGUGAUGAAUGUAAAUCACCAGUCUGACAUUCACAGAAAGUCGAAUGGCUGUAAAGAUAAAGAUUCAGACUGCAGGAAUGCUUCAGAGACAGAGGAUGAACCUUUGCUCCGAGACAACCCCAGACGGUUUGUCAUCUUUCCCAUCCAGUACCCUGACAUCUGGAAGAUGUACAAGCAGGCACAAGCUUCUUUCUGGACGGUAGAGGAGGUCGACCUAUCUAAAGACCUGGUACACUGGGACCGUUUGAAACCUGAGGAGAAACACUUCAUCUCCCAUGUCUUAGCCUUCUUUGCUGCCAGUGAUGGUAUCGUGAACGAGAAUCUGGUGCAGAGGUUCUGCCAGGAGGUGCAGAUCCCUGAAGCUCGCUCCUUCUACAGCUUCCAGAUCCUUAUAGAGACUGUUCACUCAGAGAUGUACAGCAUGCUCAUCAACACCUACGUUCAGGAUCUGAAGGAAAGAGACUACUUAUUCAAUGCCACACAGACCAUGCCUUGUGUGAGACGAAAAGCGGACUGGGCCCUCCAGUGGAUAGAAGACAAACAAUCCACAUUUGGGGAGCGAAUUGUGGCUUUUGCAGCAGUGGAGGGCAUCUUCUUCUCUGGGUCAUUCGCUGCCAUCUAUUGGCUAAAGAAGAGAGGCCUAAUGCCUGGUCUCACAUACUCCAACGAGCUGAUUAGCCGGGAUGAGGGUCUGCACUGUAACUUCGCCUGCCUGCUGUACAGCUACCUGGUGAAGAAACCAUCAGAGGACCGGGUGAAGGACAUCAUCACCAAAGCUGUCAGCAUUGAGCAGGAGUUUUUGACAGAGGCCUUGCCAGUGGAUCUCAUUGGAAUCAACUCUGGUCUGAUGAAGCAGUACAUUGAGUUUGUGGCCGACCGGCUUCUCGCUGACCUCGGACUCGCCAAGGUUUACAAUGCUGAGAAUCCAUUCGAUUUCAUGGAGUCCAUUUCACUAGAGGGGAAAACCAACUUCUUUGAGAAACGAGUAGCCGAGUACCAGAGAUUAGGAGUCAUGUCGAGCAUGAUGGACUGCCAGUUCACUCUUGAUGCGGACUUCUGAAAUCAAGAUGAAACUGUUACAUAUUUGUUACAUUUAGACAUAUAUUUAUUUAUAUUUUGAAUGGUUUGUUACCAAAAAAACUAAAAACACAGCAGUCUUUAUUAUAAUGAUGUUACAAUAUUAUCAGUGUUGAAUAUAAAUUAUGGUUCACAGGUUACGACUUUAUUGUUUCAGUUGCUUUUUGGAUUGAAAGUUGCAGGUUUAGUUUCUGUUAUAAGCAGUAAACAUGGGAGAAGAAAUAGACAAUUGAAGCCUAGAUCACUAGAUUAUGGCUAUUUAGGACCUCAUGACCUCAGUUUUUUCUUAAACAUUAAUAAUGUUAUAGGGCAUCUAUUUUGUACCUAUAAUAUAACCCUGUAGAUUUGAUUGAGUCUGCAGUUCUGGCUGCUGACAUCUGUGGGGCAUUGUUUUUUUUUUAAA